AUGUUUAAAAAACCAGUUUAGAUGGGAGAACCUGGAGAUAGAAUAGCUGCUUUAUUUACUAAUUUAGAUGCAAAAGAAAUUGAAAGAGGAAUUGUAUGUUAACCAGGGAUAGUAUCAUUAUUAGAAAAUAUAGUUAUUGAUUUUAAGAAGAUUAGUUAUUAUAAAGGAUAAUUGAAGUCUUAGAAUAAAUUUCAUAUCACUUCUGGUCAUUUGACUGUAAUGGGAUAAUUGAAAUUAAUAAUAAGACCAAAGAAUUUAUAGUUAGAAAUUAAUAGUGAAGGAGAAUAUUUAGAAGAUUAUGAAGGUAUAUAUUGAUUAUCAAUAUUAUUAUAGAUUUUGGAAAACUUCAAGAAAAGUAUAAUUUAUAUGGCGUGUUAUAAUUGGAGAAACCAUUGAUUGCAUCUAUGAAUUCCUUAGUUAUUGGUUCAAAAUUAGAUACUGAUUUAGAAGCUAAUAUAUGUAGAAUUGCAUUUUAUGGAAAUAUUCUGCACUCUUUUACAGGUUAAUAAAUAUUUCAAUAGAAUUACUUAAGAAUUUUUAGAAAGAAAAGUAAAAAUGGAAAGGUGGAAAAGGUGAUAGAUAAUUACACUUUACUUAUUAAGGAUUUAUUUAAGAAAGAAACAAAUAUUGCUAAUUAUAUUGGAAAAUUGAUUGUUAUUAAAUAAGGAAAUAUUUAAGGUAAAAUUGAAAGUGCUUUUGGGAAGAGUGGGAAAGUAAAAGUAUUUGUAGAAUCAGGAACGAAUUAAGAUAUGAUAAAUAGUGAUGUUGUUAUGAUUUAUAAAAAAUAUCUAUUUCAUAAAUGA